AUUCACAGCGAUACCAAAUAUCCAAAAUGUGUACCUUGGUGACCUCCACAACGAAGUAUACCGGAUGCCCCUCAUCCUGUAACACCACAUCCACCGACCUGGUCAAAUGUCAAUCCGCACUCCAGUCGGGCACUACCUGCGCAAACCCAGGAACGAGUACGUUGGCCGCAACCACUAGUCGCUUUCAGUGUCCCAAUCAUCGGGACGAAGGCUUUUCUCAGCGCUAAAGAGAGCGCAAUCUCCGCAAUUCGACAAAUGUUGGAUAUAUGUAUUGAGAUAGUCCUUCGUUUGUAGCACGCUCAUUACACCAAUGAGCGCAUCACAAGUUUGAUGAUCUUAGCCGAUUCAGCUUCCUGUCUCCAGCACAGUGCAAUGAUCUCUGCGAAGGGUACUUCGCUCAGUUCCGGAAACACUCCAUC